AUGAGAGCACUUCGUUUCCACUCGAAAGGUGAUAUUCGCCUUGAUGAUGUUGAGCAACCUAAAUGCGCACCACAUGAAGUCCGCCUCAAGGUCGCUUACUGCGGCGUCUGUGGUACAGAUAUACAUGAGUACCUUGAUGGACCGAUCCUCAUACCUGCGGAUGGCGAGCAGAAUCCGAACACCGGAGCGAAACUACCAUUGAUUCUUGGUCAUGAGUUCAGUGGCGUUGUUGUCGAAGUUGGCAAGGAUGUCAAGAGCGUCCCUCUCGGUCAGCGUGUCGUCGUCAAUCCAGCUAUGGAUGACCGUCACCACUCACAGUCGCCGUGCGAGAUCUGCGUUCGAGGUCGCCACAAUAUCUGUCUUCGUUCUACCUUCUAUGGCCUGCAAGCACCACAGGGCGGCUUUGCGGACGAGAUCUGCGUAGACGCCAUUGCAUGCUUCCCACUGCCAUCAUCGGUGUCACUUAAGCUGGCUGCAUUGGUCGAACCUUUAGCAGUUGCUGCUCACAUGAUACGCAUAUCAGGCUUCACUCCUGGUCAAGAUGUUGUGAUAUUCGGUGCUGGACCUAUCGGCUCCGCUCUUGUGUUCCUUCUGCGCCAGUAUGGUGCCGGCAAGAUUCUGGUCAGUGAGAUUGCACCGUCCCGAUCUGCACAAGCUAUGGAGUGUGGUGCCGACAAAGUCAUCGAUCCAGUCACUACCGCUGCUCAACCAGCUGUAUCGGAGCUCAUAGGGCCUGCUGGAGCCGACAUAGCGUUCGAUGCAUGUGGACUGCAAACAACACUGGAUGCGGCGUUCGCCUGUACGAAGCCUGGCGGAACGAUAUUCAAUGUUGCGAUUCAUGAGAAGCCGCUCUCGCUCAACCUCAACCUCUUGACGCUAUCGGAGAAACGCCUGCUCGCAGGGAACGCUUACACAGCAGAAGACUACAAUCGAGUGAUUGAGGUGCUAAGGUCAAAAGGACCCGAGGUUGAGAAGUUCAUCACUGCUAUUGUGCCGCUGGAACAGGCUGUCGAUGGUGCAUUCGAAGAGCUGGUCCGCAACAAGGCCAUGCACAACAAGAUUCUAGUCGAGGUCAACGGAGAGGAUUGCGACAGCCUAAGGACGGCACAUAGCCCUGCAAGUAAGCUCUGA